CGAGGGAGAAAGAUGUCACGAAAGAAUGUCGUUAUCUUUGUCCCUUGUUACUGCUUUCAUAUUGAUUAGUCCUGAUUACCAAGAGUAGGGAGACACGACAAAAAGUAUAGACAGAAUAGUUCCGGUCGUAAGUUAAGAAUUACUGAUAGCACGAGAAAGUUAUGGCAUCUGAUAGGACGGUAAUCCACCUGCAUAAAUCUUGAAAUUAAUAAAUCGAAGAAUAUGUUGUAUGUGCGGAAACGAAAUAUUCGAAAAUCAAGAGUUGCUAUUGAAAACACGAAAUCUUGAAUUAAUCGGUGAGUGAAUAAAUAAAUGUAACACGCGUCAUUUAAUUGUUAUCCACUUUUUAAAAUCCGAGUCUUCAAACCUUGAUACAUUUACCACACUCGAUAUACUUCAAAUAAUUUAUUGGUUCUUGUGAGUGUAUGAAAUCUAAGAAUAUCCUUGUAAGAAGAUUUGGUAAAAUGGCUUUAAAUCAAUAUGUUAAAUGAUCGUGGCAAUAAAUCGCAAGUAAAAUGCCUCGGUAUCUCAGAAAAGAAAUUGUACGUAAAUGAGGCGACGGUACAUGUAAAAAAUGAGAAUUAUCAUAAAGCAAUGUGUCUGCUUAAUCAAGCACUAAACCUAGAACCAAAUGACAGGAAUGCAUUAAUAGCUCGAAGCAAAUGUUAUCUUCUAUUGGGAGAACCAAAGAAAGCGUUGCAAGAUGCUGAGAAUGCACUGCAAUAUAAAAUGAAAAAUGCCAACAUGGCGAAAGCGAUAUAUUGCAAAGCUGAAGCUCUCUACCACCUCGGUGACUACGAGAUGAGCCUUGUUUAUUAUUAUCGGGGUAUGAGAAUUCGUCCUGAAUACGGACAAUUCCGACUUGGCGUUCAAAAAGCUAAAGACGCUAUAAAGAACGUAUUGCACAAAGAUUCGACCAUCAACUUGUAAACUUUCAAAUAAAACAAUAUGGCCUUUAGCAUGUUUGUCAUUUACAUUUUGGAAAUCACUUGUUGCAGUCUACUUCAGAUUGCAGAUACCUAACCAGAUAUCAGAUUUUCAGUAUUGCAUUUCCAAACUUAAAAUGUAUAGAAAAUAAAUAAUAAGUAAUAUAAAAUAUUGUUUAUUAAUUUAUUUUUAUUAUUUAUAAGUAAUAUAUAAUAUUGUAAAAUGUAAUAAAUUAGUGAAUCUUAUGAUAAGCGCUUAAUUAUAACUGAUAUGCAAAAUCUGUUUGGUUUUUAAUGAACGC